GCCAAUCGGAACCAAAAAGUCGAAAAUGACCAUCCGUUGCCCUCUGCAGAUCUCCCUGCGCACGUUAGCUGCAACCGCAGCUGUGCACAGAGGUUUGUGGAGAGAGAAAGAGAGAAGCAAUUUCACCCUUUUAGGACAGAUCCGAUAAAGUCAAAUUCAAACAGUAAUUGCAGCACAGGAGAGAGAGAGAGAGAGAGAGAGAGAGGGGUAGAGGUUCAGAAACUUAGAAUUUCGUUGAAUCAUUUCGGAUCGUUACUGAUUUUUCUGGCAUGGGCUUGGCGGAAAGACCUACAGACCUACACAACAAAAAAGACGAAACUGACCAAACAGGGACUAUAUUGGUUCAUGCCUUUUCAGAUCUAACCUACAUUUCUCCGGUGGUAUUCUUAUACCUCCUGAAAGAAUGUUAUAUUAAUGGUACAUGUAAGGCAACUAUGAAGUUCCGAGCUCUUCAACAACAAGUUUAUCAAGUGCUUCAUAACAAUCCCCAACCUGGCCCAGCUACAUUUGUCAUUCAAUGUCUAUAUAUCUUGCCCAUAUUUGGAUUAUAUUGUGAAGGCUUCAGUCAUUUAAUAGUAUCUGCCCUACGCCGUUACCUAAAAUUAGGACUUAACGCCACAGAUUCCUUGGAAGCAAAAGACCUAGCUGCUCAGUUAUUUCUUGAUAUUGUAGGGGGCUUUGUGAAUCAUGAUGAGAGGAUUGUUGUGAAGAUAGUUGAAAUUUUUGAUAUCAAAUUGGAUAAUGUUGAGAAAGCCAUGUGCCAACUAAAGGAAACGACUGAUAGUGGUUGUGAUGCAGCAAAAACAUUUGUUGAGCAAUACGCUUUUGAAUUGAUAGAAUCCCAGUCAUACAUGACAGCUGUAUCUCUAUUAGAGCAAUUUUCCAUCCGCCAAUCGGGAAAAAAUUUUCUCUUUAGUAUGAUACGGAACAAAGAAUUUAAAGCAGCUGACAAGUGGGCAAUAUUUAUGGGUAAGCAAAUGUUAUGUGUACUUGUUCAGGAAUACAUUGACAGGAACUUGCUGAAGCAUGCAUAUGAUAUUAUAAAGAAAAACAAUCUGCAGCAAGAGUUUCCAGAUGUUUAUCACAAGUGUAAAGAAAGCUCACUGAAAAAGCUAGCAGAAAAAGGAUGUUGGGAUGUUGCAGAGGCAAAGACAAACGAUGAUAGACAACUUAUUGAAUAUUUGGUUUAUUUGGCUAUGGAAGCCGGUUACUCUGAGAAGGUCGAUGAGCUAUGUGAUCGAUACUCCCUUAAAGGUUUCCUGGAUGUCAAAGUGCCUGAGGCAAGUCAUCUACAUAGUCGCUAUCUUCAUCUUAAUGAAUUGGUUGUGGAACACAUCAUUUGGGUUGAUAAUGUUGAUGGUUUGCAAAAUGCAACAUGCCAUAUUGAGGGGUGUAAAUUCGUGGGUGUUGAUUGUGAGUGGAAGCCCAAUUAUGAAAAAGGCAGCAAACCAAACAAGGUUUCUAUCAUGCAGAUUGCAUCUGAAAAGAUGGUUUUUAUCUUUGAUCUGAUAAAGUUAUUCAAAGAUGUGCCUGACAUUUUAGACAACUGUCUGGCCCGCAUUUUGCAGUCUCCUAGAAUUCUAAAACUUGGAUAUAACUUUCAAUGUGAUAUAAAGCAGCUGGCCCAUUCUUAUGGAGAGUUGGAGUGUUUCAAGCAAUAUGAAAUGUUACUGGACAUCCAGAAUGUGUUUAAAGAACCUCAAGGUGGUCUCUCUGGGCUUGCAAAGAAAAUAUUGGGGGCUGGUUUGAACAAGACAAGACGGAAUAGCAACUGGGAGCAACGACCUUUGACACAGAAUCAGCUAGAAUAUGCUGCUCUGGAUGCUGCUGUACUUGUUCACAUAUUCCUCCAUGUUGGCAGCCAUUCUCAUCCUGCUACUGUCAGUGAGGGGCAUGACAAGAUUGAGUGGAAAUCCCAAAUUGUUUCGCGUAUGGAUAAUGUCAAGAAGUCCAAAAAAGGAGUUAGAAGUAAAAAGAAGUCUAGAGAAUCUAAGACCGACCAGCAUUGUCAAUCAAGUUAGUAACUUAAUGCCCUGUCACAGACUUUCAUGCUCACUGCGUUAGACCCUUGUCAUCUGUAAAUAUUUUUUUGUGUAGUCGAUGAAGAAACUGCUAGUUUGAAAAAGAAACGGUUGUUGAAUUUAUUCUGCAUGUUUGUAAGGAGUAAAAAUCUGUUGUUGGAAAUGAUGCAUCUAGACCUGUUGUUUAUGAUUUUAA